AGUUACAACUAUCUUGUUACAGACAAGGUGAACGUUUCUCUUUCUGUCAUGUCUCUCCGAUUUUCUAGUGGGUCCAGACAUAUUUGCUUAUGGUCUGGAACUGGAUCUGCCAGGCCAUCCAGUGGAGGCUCAGGCUUUGCAGGCAGCAAUGCAUGUGGCAGCUCCUUUGCUGGAAGUGGAUUUUCCUGUGCCUUGGGAGGGGGCCUGGGCAGUAUUCCUGGGGGGAACCAUGCUGGUGGUGUCUUCGGAAGCGCUGCUUGUUCUGGAUUUGCUGGAAGUGAAGGGGGACUUCUGUCUGGGAAUGAGAAGGUGACCAUGCAGAAUCUUAAUGACCGCUUGGCAUCCUACCUGGAUAACGUGCGAGCUCUGGAAGAGGCAAAUGCUGAACUAGAGAGGAAAAUCAAGGGUUGGUAUGAUAAGUAUGGACCAGGAUCUUGCCGUGGACUUGAUUAUGACUAUAGCAGAUACCAUCUAAUAAUUGAAGAUCUUAAGAAUAAGAUUAUCUCUUCCACUACUGCUAAUGCUAAUGUAAUUCUACAUAUUGACAAUGCCAGACUGGCUGCUGAUGAUUUCCGGCUAAAGUACGAGAAUGAGCUUGCCCUUCACCAAAACACAGAGGCUGACAUCAACGGGCUGCGGAGAGUCCUGGACGAAUUGACACUCUGCAGGACUGACCAGGAGCUGCAGUAUGAAUCCCUGAGUGAAGAGAUGAGGUAUCUCAAGAAGAACCAUGAAGAGGAAAUGAAGGCGCUGCAGUGCGCGGCGGGAGGGAACGUGAACGUGGAGAUGAACGCGGCGCCCGGGGUGGACCUCACCGUCCUGCUGAACAACAUGCGGGCCGAGUACGAAGCCCUGGCUGAGCAGAACCGCAGGGACGCCGAGGCCUGGUUCAACGAGAAGAGCGCCACCCUGCAGCAGCAGAUCUCUGACCACGCGGGCGCCGCCACCACGGCCAGGAACGAGCUGACCGACAUGAAGCGCACCCUGCAGACCCUGGAGAUCGAGCUGCAGUCCGUCCUGGCAACGAAACACUCCCUGGAGUGCUCCCUGACUGAGACCGAAGGCAACUACUGCACACAGCUCGCCCAGAUCCAGGCUCAGAUCGGGGCCCUGGAGGAGCAGCUGCACCAGGUCAGAACUGAGACCGAGGGCCAGAAGCUGGAGUAUGAGCAGCUGCUUGACAUCAAGGUCCACCUGGAAAAGGAAAUUGAGACCUAUUGCCACCUGAUUGAUGGAGAUGGGAACUCAUGCUCCAAAUCAAAGGGCUUUGGAUCAGGAGGCUCAGGGAAUUCAUCCAAAGAGUUAUCCAAAACCACACUGGUAAAGACAGUGGUUGAAGAGAUAGAUCAACGUGGUAAAGUUCUAUCAUCAAGAGUUCACUCCAUUGAAGAAAAGACAUCUAAAGUGACCAGUGGCAAAACAGAGCAAAAGGUUCCUUUCUAGCCGCCAUAGAGAAGAGAACAGUCUGGGAAAGGAUCCUGCACAACUACAUUAUUCUAAAUAUCAAGGAAAUUUUUUUUUAAAACCAACUUUCUGCCCUUAAUAAUAAGUUACUUAGCAAAAAUACUUUUUUUCUUAGCUAAUUUUUACAGGGUUUUGGAUGUCUGUUUUCAAAUAAAUAAAAAAAGUGGAUGUGCACUCCUUUCCAUUCACUCAUAACCAAUAAACAAUUAUUUGAGUUUUUUUUCCUA